AUGCGUGAGCAGGUGGUGUCAGGGCAGCCACCCGACAUCCGAGCUAGCGAGCCAGGAGCAGCCGCCAAUCUCCUCGACCACGGACUGCUCUGCCCCAUGGGGUGGGAUCGCGUGGGCGACGCGGCGCAGCUUCCCCGCAUCGACCCCAAGGGCAGGGGUGACCUGGCCCGGACGCUCUGCUUCCCCGUGCCGAGUGCGGAAAGGGCGCGCGCCACUCUAUCAAGUUUUGAUGCCACGCCUGAGAUCCCCACCCCCCCUUCCGGGCCUCCUCGCAGGUGGCUCCAACACGCCGCUUGA